AUGAGAAUACUACACCUGUUGGUGUUCCUCCUAACCAUCUUACUAUGGGAGGAAGAAGUGUCAUGUGGCCAGAGUUACUAUUAUUUCAAUCCCUACUACCAAACCUACCGCAAGAAGUACAUGGCCAGGAUGAGAGGGUACCAUCCACGCAGGUACAAAAACUAUCAGCGGGAUCCUAGUACUGUCUCCAAGGGUGAUUUCUUGACAUCACGUCCAAACAUGUGCCGUGUGAAGGAGGUUUAUGGGACUGGCCAACGGUUCUACGAGGGCAAGGUACCCCAGCGUAGGGUAUGCGACCGACCAACAUAUAUCCGGUAUCAGUGUUGCCCUGGUUACAAUAUGGUGGAGGGAGAGAAAGGAUGUCCAGCUGUUCAGCCUCUACAGAACCUGAAGUUCACUGCCCUAGACUUGCUCCAGCAGAAGUUCCCUCAGCUGCUAACUAACACUGAACUGGAAGGGAACCUACUCUACCAAGGAGCCUUUACUGUGUUUGUACCGAUCGACAAGGCCUUUGAAAAUAUCACCUAUGACGACAGACAAAGACUCCAUCCCUGGACAUACCACGCCCCGUCUCUCCUCCACUACCACGUCGUGACUGGGCGAUAUAACUACACAACAUUCAAGAAACAGGAGGAGGUUCCAACACUGUAUUAUGCUGAAAAGAAGUUACGGAUAAACAAAUAUCCUAGUGGGGUUGCUACGGUGAAUUGUGCGCGGAUUAUGGUGCCCAAUCAAAUGGCCAGUAAUGGAAUACUGCAUGUCAUAGACAGGUUGAUCCGGCCACUAGACUACAGAGGAACCAUCGCUGAUGUAAUUCUACGAGACCAACGUUUGACCAAGUUUUCACAAAUGUUAUACAAGGCUAACCUUAUUGACACACUACAAAAAUCCAAACACUUCACACUGUUCAUCCCCGAGGACAAAGCCUUCAGACGUCUGUCUUCAGGACUCAACAAUAAAAUAAGCAAUGACAGGAAAGUGGCUACAGCCAUUGCUAAAUACCACAUUGUUAAGAACACCUACUGUGCUGCGUCCACUGUGGUGUCCGCCCAGCUGGUAACCAUGGAAGGAGGAUUUCUUGCCUUCAUCUGUAAAUUUAACGGUAACUACGUCAACGAUGCCAAAUUGAUAGAGGAGGACAUUGUCACGACGAACGGCGUCAUUCAUAUCAUCAACAAAGUCCUUCUACCAAAUACAGUAAAAGAUAUCCUCCAAGUGGCACACGAACUAGAUCUGACACGCCUGACAGAACUUGUCCACGGGGCGGGGCUGGCUGAUUGGGUUCAAAGUAGACCUGAGUAUACAUGGUUUGCCCCUAAUGAUGCAGCAUUUGAAGCUCUUUCACCAAUUUACAAAGAGGCUCUACAAGAGCAACCUGGGUUGGUGGAGCAAAUGCUAAAGUACCACACCUUAGAGGGGAGGAUGAGAACAGACUCAUUAGUAGGGGAACAGACACUUAGGACUGGUAUAGACGCCAGGAUCAAGGUCGGAGUUUAUCACAAUGGCAUUACAGUUGACAGUGCCCACAUAGUCGACAGUGACAUGGAGAGUUCCAAUGGGCUCAUUCAUAUCAUAGACAAAGUCCUCAUUCCACCGGAGCUCAAUCUAUUGGAACUCAUUCAAUCUGACCCAGAACUUGAGGUUUUCACAAAUGCUAUCAAGAAAGCAGGACUAGAGGAUCUGUUCAAACAACAACCAAACAAACAAUUAACAGUAAUUGCCCCUACUACAGAUGCAUUCUACAGAAUGCCGACCUACACCAGGGAGGAUUAUAUGAAGAAUAAAGAAAAGCUAAAGAGGUUGAUUGCCCGUCACAUAAUAGACCGUGUGGUGGUCUCCAGUGGCCUUGACAUGUCCACGACGUACUCAUUGAUGUCGCGGCAGCUUGAACCUGUCGCAUUCAAGAUAGAGCCUUCUGGCACCCUUUGGAUCAAUAAGUACGCCAAGGUCCAGGCCAGGGAUCAUCUGGCUCUUAAUGGAGUCAUCUUCAAGACUGACCGAGUCCUACAUUGUUUGUGCAAGGACAUUACGUGACGAGUGACCAACGGGCAUAACCUGGUGUAAUGACCUCUGGAAGUC